AUGGACAAGUAUAUUAAAGAAUCUUUAAAUGCCGGCCUCAUCCAUCCCUCUUCCUCACCUGCUGGCGCUGGGUUCUUCUUCAUUAAGAAGAAGGAUGGCUCCCUGCGUCCUUGUAUUGAUUAUCAAGGUCUAAAUGACAUCACCAUAAGAAACAGGUAUCCUCUGCCUCUGAUGUCAUCUGCUUUUGAAUUGUUACAGGGAGCCAAGGUCUUUACUAAAUUAGACCUCCGCAAUGCCUACCAUUUGGUCCGUAUCCGUGAGGGGGAUGAUUGGAAGAUAGCCUUCAAUACCCCUACGGGACACUUCGAAUACCGGGUCUUACCCUUCGGGCUUACCAACGCCCCAGCUGUCUUCCAGGCCCUGAUCAAUGAUGUGUUGAGAGACAUGGUAAACAGAUUUGUCUUUGUGUAUCUCGAUGAUAUCCUCAUCUUCUCUCCCUCCUUACAG